AUGUCUGUGGCUCGGCUCUCCACCGGGGACAACAAUAGGGAAUCCAAAAGGCCUAAGAGGGGGAACUCACUUGUGUUGGGAUUCUCGAACGAGGAUAAGAUUGGAACCAUCCAACCCCACGACGAUGCUUUGGUAGUUACACUUAGAAUUGGAGGUUUUGAUUUGAAGAGAGUACUGAUAGACCAGGGUAGUGCUGUAGAAGUAAUGUACCCUGAUCUGUACAAGGGGCAUAAUCUAAAGCCUGAGGACCUAAUGGUGUAUGAUUCCCUUUUGGUAAGUUUCGAAGGGAAGACUGUCACACCAAGGGGACAGAUCAGGCUGCCUAUACAAACCAGAUCAAACGUGGUGGAGGUGAAUUUUAUUGUAGUCAACGCCUACUCACCGUACACGGCCAUAGUGGCCAGACCUUGGCUCCACGCCCUGAGAGCCAUUUCUUCUUCGCUUCACCAGAAGGUAAAAUACCUGUCAGAGGGCCGAGUAGAGGAGAUUAUGGGAAAUUAA